AUGCGCAUCAUGAUCAAGGGUGGCGUGUGGAAGAACACGGAGGACGAGAUCCUCAAGGCGGCCGUCAUGAAGUACGGCAUGAACCAGUGGGCGCGCGUGGCGUCGCUGCUGUCGCGCAAGUCGGCCAAGCAGUGCAAGGCGCGCUGGUACGAGUGGCUGGACCCGAGCAUCAAGAAGACGGAGUGGAGCCGCGAGGAGGAGGAGAAGCUGCUGCACCUGGCCAAGCUCAUGCCCUCGCAGUGGCGCACCAUCGCGCCCAUCGUGGGGCGCACGGCUGCGCAGUGCAUGGAGCACUACGAGCGGCUGCUGGACGCGGCGCAGCAGAAGGAGGGCGUGGAGGUGAGCGACGACCCGCGGCGGCUGCGCCCCGGAGAGAUCGACCCCAACCCGGAGAACAAACCGGCGCGGCCCGACCCCGUGGACAUGGACGAAGACGAGAAGGAGAUGCUGUCCGAGGCGCGGGCGCGUCUGGCCAACACUAAGGGCAAGAAGGCAAAGCGCAAGGCGCGCGAGAAGCAGCUGGAGGAGGCGCGACGCCUCGCUGCGCUGCAGAAGAAGCGCGAGCUCAAGGCUGCCGGCAUCAUGUCCUCCAACCCCCGGGUCAACAUGAAGAAGCGCAAGUUCAUCGACUACGCGAGCGAGAUCCCGUUCGAGAAGAAGGCGCCCGCGGGCUUCUACGACAUCAGCGAGGAGAAGCGCAUCUCGAGCAAGGGGCUCGACCCCAAGAAGGCGGCGCUGCAGCUGGACAAGCUGGAGGGCGUGCGACGCGACGCACAGGAGAAGAAGGAGCGCAAGCAGGAUGCCAAGCGGCAGAAGUCGCUCAUGAAGUCCAACUUGCCCCAGGUGAUUGCCGCCGUGAACGAGAAGAACGACCCGAUCAACGCCAUCAAGCGCACCCCGCUCGAGCUGCCUGCACCCGUGGUCUCGAACGAUGAGCUGAGUGACCUCGCCAAGCUGGGCAUGCACGCUACCCAUGCAGCCGCCCUGGCGCUUGAGAAUGGAUCAGCGACCGAGACGCGCGCGCUCAUGGGCGACUACAGUGCUACACCACUGCGCUCUUUUCAUGGCGGCGCGACAGCUACGCCGUCUAGCCGUGAUGUGCACGACAACAUCAUGCAGGAAACAGCUAAUCUGCUCGCCAUGAGGAACAGCGCCACGCCGCUGCUGGGAGGUGAAAAUGUGGAGCUUUACGAAGGAACAGGCUACGCAGGCGCGACUCCAUCGCGGACACCUUCAUCGGCUGUGGCUGGUGCUGUCGAUGACAGGACUCCGAUGUCUGCUACGCGUACGCCGUUGCGUGAUGAGCUAGGCAUUAACCCUGGACAACUCUACGGCACGGAGACUGAGAGCGCUAAAGCUGAAAAGGCCCGAACGAAACGGCUGGCGGCCAGUCUUCGUAAGGGCUUUGACAGCCUACCGGCACCGCAGAAUGAGUACGAGAUUAACAUUCCGGAGAAAGAGGAGGCUCAUGAUGGGCAUACCGCCUCUCUGAAAGAAGAGGAUGCUGGAGAGCGAGAAGCCCGCGAGAAGCAACAGCGCGAGUUGGAGAGAGAGCGUGAGCUCAAGCGGCGGUCGACGGCUGUACAGAAGAAUCUUCCUCGUCCUUCAAAGGUGAAAAAGGUGCUGAUUCACAGCGCGCUGAAGGACGUUGCCGACGAAAUGUACCGCAUGCUGGAGCACGAUCUCGCUAAAUAUCCGGUAGAUGACGGCAAGAAGAAAAGCAAGAAACGGAAGAAAACAUCGAGCUCCGUUGCAAUGCCGAACCUCCAGCAGUUCUCAGACAGUGACAUGGAACGUGCGCGGCAAAUGGUUCAAAUCGAGGCCAGCCUGAGUGGGGGGGAUGAUGUGUGGAAAUCCCAAGAUACCGCAACGAUCAGUGCAAAGUGGAACGAGAUUCAAACACGCUAUCUAAGCAAAGCUACCGGAGAAGGAAAGAGUGACGGGGUGUCUUUCCAAUUCGCUACAUCUGACGAGGACAAGCUGCGUGCCGUGCAAGCUCGCUUUGCAGAGCUAAAGGAAACGGAACAGCUCCUGACCAAGCGCGCCCAGAAGCUGGACGAGAGAGCGCGGGUCGUCAAUGGCGGGUUCCACCGGCGCUGUGAGAAGGGAUUGGAGCUGCUGCGUGAUCACAUGACUGAGCUUCAGAACGCGACGAUUGAGCAGGCAUGCUUCGAAAGUCUCUCGAGCCUCGAGACCCAGGCCCUCCAGAGCCGCAUGGUUCGGUUGGCGAACGAGGUCAAUUCGCAGCAGCUGAUCGAGGUAAAAUUGCAGAAGCAGUACGCAGCACUGGUCCAAGAGCAGCAGUAG